AGGUUGGAGCUGCGAUCUAUCACAAUCUCCUGUUCAAGCUAAUUCUUUAUCUUGACUGUCAGAAUCAUGGCUGUACGAAGCGAUUGGUUUCAUUUCUACACAAGAGAUGAAGUCAUGAAAAAAGCUUCGCUGCAGGAGAAGUUAAAACUCAUCCGGAAACAGCUGGACGCCUUCGCAGUGUUAGAACAGGAAGUGACGUCACGAUUUUCGGAAGACACGUUCCUCAACAACGUCACAAGACUCGAAAACAAGUACAGCAAGAGCCAAUUCCAAAGCCUUUACGUAAUCACCAAUCUAGCGCUCUUCCGCCAACUUUUACUGCGCUUACAACUAGACAAGAACCAAAGAGGCGAGGACACAGACGACAAGGAUGUGCUGGAGUACUUUGUGGACGUUUUGCGUCUUAUUGAUGAUAUCAAGAGGUUGAAUAAGUAUUUCUCGGAGAGGGUCUACACGCCACUUGUAGAGAAUCUCUACCCGGCUCAUGGCAUGGAAAAAGCGGCUACCUCACUGACAGGGCACGCACAGGCUGUCACCGUCCUGUCUGAUACAGCAAGGAACCAGAAGGGAGAGGUUGAGAACGGGAAAGGCGCACAGACCACAAAAUACGACGAUCGCACCGCGAAGUUUUUACGGACUGUCACCAGACUGUUCAAGCUGCAGCAGCGGUGGAGUAGGCUGUCACAGGACGGGCCGAUCUCUGCCGUUCUGUUCGAGGCGGAGACCAACAAGAACAGCGGGGAGACCGACGACGUCAGGCCGUUGCAUUUCAUCUCUCGGCUGGUUCCAGACCUGGUCGCCAAGGCGUCCAAAGCCGUGGCCAUCACGGAGAAGUGGUACACUCUGUUUGUUGGAAUGUCCGACUGUGCGGCCCAAGGCGAGAAGGAGAAACAGAUCCAAGAACUUCGGGAGAAAAUAGAUAAGACGUCGCGAAACAUCCGGCAGCUUGAGUCGAACCUGGCGGCUUACCGGGAGGAGCUGGCGGGGCUGACAGACAAGGACGCCCGCUAUGCCGAGCUGACACAGGCGUUCCAGAGAGCGUCCGUGUCGUCAGAGGAACUCAGCACUGACCUCAGUGAUUUGGAGGAAACAGAGAAGAAGAUCACCAAACAGUUGGAAGAGUUCUCUCAGCGAAAGGACAUCAAAGAGUACGAGGAACUAAAACACGAGGCCGGGCAGAUCCAACAGAAAUUACAGUCGACAAGGUGAGUAGGCACGAUCUGAAGUUGGCAUGCUACAGAAGCGCCAUCCUGCGAGACGACAUGGAACUGCUGAUGAACGUCCUUCCCAGCUUCCACCGGUUCGGCAUCAGGGUGAAACAGAAGAUAGCCAGUAUAGAGGAAAGACUGAAAAACGAGAGAGCAAGACAACAGCAAUUGAAAAAAGAACUGGAAAAUCUGGACCUAAAUAGUAAAGCAAGCGAGACAGAGGAUACGUAUCUGAUAGGUACAAUUGUGGUGUCUUUUGACGUAAACGAUGUGUAGUUGAAUGGUUAUGAUAAACAUAUUGCUUGUUUUCUUGUGAAUUAAAUGUUGUUCUUUUGUAUAGAAAUGUAUAGUAUCGACCAUACGGUCUGGUAAGUUUGACAUCUGAAUUGACACAACGAACCUUCGCCAUACACCAGCGCCUUCU